UUCAGAGGUGCCAGUGAACAAAGGAACAAAGGAUGAUCACACUGCUGUGUUCUUAAGCCAAAAUGGUAAAAAGCAUGAAGAUGCCAGUGGGCUAUCAUAAGCAUUGUGACAAGUGUUACAAUGUCCACUGUCAAGUCCCUGCGCAGACCUCUGUUUCAUGUAUAGUCGUGAAAUGUCACAAAAACUGUGGUGCAAGCCUCCACAUGUGCAAGCAAGAAGAGCACCAGCUUCUCUGUCCAAAUGAGAUAGUCCCUUGCCUUAAUGUUUAUUAUGGCUGUCCUCUCACCAUGCUGCGCCACAGGUUGGCCAAACACUUAGAGGUCUGUCCUGCCAGCUUGGUCUGUUGCUCUCAGGAGUGGAACCGCUGGCCUAUUUCAGAAACUGACCUGACCUUUUAUAGAAAUGUUUCUGAAAACCCUGUGGUAAACACUGAGGAAAAUCUUGAUGUCGCUAUGGCUCAUAGGGACCAAGAGCAGCUGUUUCAAUCAAUCAAAAUGAAGAACAUUUUUCCCGAGUUGAUAUUGGAGGAUUCUGCCGUGCAAAACAUUGCUGCUGGAAUCAAUAGUCCUGCAGAUAAUGCUUGCUGUUCUGUAGACGGUGGUGAAUAUACAGAAAAUGGCAGUGCAAAGUUGGACGAAGAACUGAGUCAAGAGGAGAGAGAUACUUUGGCAAAGUGCACGGAUGUGACAAGUAUUCAAAAUUAUAGCUCCUGGGAGAAAAUAUUCAAUAAGGAGAAGGAGGGAUGCAAGGAAACCAUCAAAAACCUGAAUAAGGGAGAAAAAGGAAAAGAAAAGGAAGACCAAGAAUCAUCAAAGAGUCAGAAAGAAUUACACCAGGGUGGAGAAUGUCCUGUAACUGCCAGAACCAUGGACGGUGCCACUGGCCUUGCACCAUGGCAAGAUGGGGUCCUUGAGCGUUUAGGCAAAGAAGUCAACAUUGCAGAAUAUAAUAUGUAUCUGGUGCACAAUGGGGUAAUGCUGAUUAACUUUGGGCAACUUGCUGCUUGCACACCAAGAGAAAAGGAUUUUGUCUAUGGGAGUCUGGAGCCCAUUGAGGUGAAAAGCGUCCGAACAUUUAAUGUGCCUACCAGCUAUCGAGCAAAGCGCAAUCACUUGAAAGACCCCUCACGCAAGGCCCAAACCACACACCAGAGUGUUGACACUUCAGAUCUGGGCAUUUCAAUUGAGGAUCUUCCAAAGUGUGAAGAGGUUAGCACAACACUUCUGUGCUCCCUGGAAAAGGAACUGAAGGGACAUUCGAUCUCAGAGAGUGUGUCGACAGAUGGUCUUUACACAGAUAUAGGAACACAAACGUACAUCUUUUCUUCUGCACCCUUCAAGCAAGAUGCUUCCUUAGCUGAUGUCAUAGCAGGUAAACCUUGUCGUCUUUAUUUAUACAUCGAAGCAGAAUCUGUCACUAGAAGACACAACAAAACAAGUUCAGCCUUCAGCUACAUGUGUGGCCACUACUUUCGCCGUGAUGAAUACUGCUUUCACUUCAAGAACGUGCAUUCUGACAUACAAGCCUCUCUAAAUGGCUGGUUUCAGCAGCGUUGCCCUUUAGCAUACCUUGGUUGUACUUUCACCCAGAUGAGGUUUCACCCAACAGGUCAGGAAGCAAUAGUUAAGUUCUCCAAAGAUGGCAGCACUCUGGUACUCCAACCAAAAGCCAAUUCAUCACUCUGUGCAGGUGGGAAAACCUUCAGUCCUCAAAGGAAUGAUGCACAAAAUCUGGAUCCCCUAAGCAGCCUUCCUUUGGAGAUCAUUCAGCAUAUUGCUGGUUACCUUGACAGUUUUACAUUGUCUCAGUUGUCCCAAGUCUCCCAUCUAUUGAGAGAGAUGUGUGCCACAUUGCUGCAGGAGAGAGGGAUGGUCUCCCUCAAGUGGGAGAAAAAGAAACACUCCAGUGAAGGAAGUUCCUGGAUUUGCCAAAAGAAAGCAAGUAUUCUUAUUUAUCUAGAUAUAUUGGUUUUCUUUUGCAAAUGUGUUUUUUUUUUUUUUGUUAUAGUCACUUUAUAUUCCCUGACCUGUAAAUUUGAUUGCAUUCACAGAUAAGUGUGUGCACCAUAUUGUUUUACCAUUUCUAUUUAUUUACAUCAUGUCAAACUUCUCUAUCAGUUUCCCUUUAGUACCUGGCAUCAUUCUAUUAACUUUCACUGGAAAAUCUGAGUCAUUCAUACAGUAUGACAGCAGCUGCACUGUAAACACUCCUGACUCUCAAUAGUCCUCUCUAACAAUAUUACAAACUGAGCCGCAGUUGUGUUGGCAACAGUUAUUGAGUUCCCACUGAAUCAGACCCUGGAGAUUUACUGCCUUUGUCUGUGUCCUUGCAAAAUAUCAGCUUCUUCUAAGGUCAGGAACCACAAGGAAAUGAAAUUUAGUUUUCUUUCCUGACGUUGGUGUCCAAGCAAUGGUUUGCUAAUUAACAGCAACAGAAGAAAGAAAGAAAAACAAAAAAAUAGCACUACAUAGCAUAUUAAAAAAAAGUACGGCGAUUGUAAUUGGGCAUUAUUAGAGGUUCACCUACGACAACUAGAAUUGAACCCUGGUUAAAGUCACACAGUUAGCUAGCUUGGUGGCUCAGGCCACUACCCCACAAGGAUGCCUGUUGGUCCUGGAGCCGGAAAUUAACUAAAUCCUCUCUGGAAUUAUUAG